UGACAGCGGCGACGUCAUGGCGCGUGCAGGGAUGUUGAAUGGCAUGUGAAAGCCAGCCACACCUCCGAUGAUCGAAGAGCUUCAACAUCUUCCUCAACCCAUACACGCUUCGCCACUACAUCAAUAGCUGUGACACUCGACUCCAAACACCGCAACAAUGGACGACCCCGUAGCAGAAAUCAGCGAAGUCAUCCUCAAACUCACCACCGGCUCCCCGCGGACGCAACAGCAGGCGCUCGAGCAAUAUUUCGUCCCGCAAGCCUCCUUCUUCCACCCCUUCUGCUCCGUCCACCACAACCGCGCCGUCCUCCUCAGCAUCUUCCAAUGGUACAAAAUCCUGAGUCCGCACAUUGACCUCACCGUCAACUCCAUAGCCUACGACGAGCACCACCUCACCCUCUACAUCAACAUCUCGCAAACCUUCCGCAUCUUCCUCAUCCCCUUCUACUCCGCCCCCGUCACCCUCACCACAGUCCUGCAACUCGAGCGCGGCCCAAACCUGCACCUCCCGCCGCAGCAGCGGCCCAAACCCGUCUCCACCGCCCUGACGCCCCACAAAUACUACAUCCGCUCGCAAAACGACCUCUACCAAGUCGACCAGUUCGUCCGCUUUUUCCUGCCUUGGGGAUUGGGCACGACGAUUGUGUUGCUGUGGCAUUGGUUCGCGACGUUGUGUUGUAUUGUGGGCGCAAGGGUGGGGGCGCCGGUGCGGUGGAGUAGUCAGCGACUGGCGAAUGCGAGGCCUGUGUAUCCUGAUGUGACGCCGGGGGAUGUUGUGGUUGUGGAGAAGAAGAAUGGGGAGAAGGAGGCGGUGAGGGUGAAUGGGGAGGGGAAGGAGUUGACGGAGUGGGAGAGGGAGGUGAAGGAGGUGGUGCGGGAUGAGAAUCGCAAGGCGGUGGCGGAGAUGCAGCAGGAGAGGCAGCAGUUUUGAGAGUACUGGAUGGUUUGGGAUGCCGAUGCUAGUUAUAGAAUGGUCACGCCGAACAUCUUGUACAUCCUCUUGAACCCA